CCAGUUUGUUUCCUGAUUAACUGAGCACCGUAUUUUGGAUCUAUCACACAACACCAACAAUGGCUGACAAAACCUUUCACAUUGCACUGUAUCCAUGGUUUGCCCUUGGCCAUAUUACUGCAUUUGUCCAUAUUGCCAACAAGCUAGCAGAGAGAGGCCACAAGAUUUCCUUCUUCUUGCCUGCCAAGACACAGCGCAAGGUUGAGGCUUUCAAUCUCCACCCGGAUCUCAUAACCUUCAUUCCGAUCACCGUUCCACACGUUGAUGGUCUCCCCUAUGGCGCUGAAACAACAAAUGAUGUUCCUUUCCCUUUGCAUCCUCUCAUUAUGACCGCCAUGGAUCUUACGGAACCUGAUAUUGAGGCUUCCCUCCGUGAACUCAAACCCCAUUUCGUUUUCUUUGAUUUCACUUGCUGGUUGCCAGCCUUGUCUCGCAGGCUAGGCAUCAAGUCCGUGCUUUAUUGUGCCAUUAGCUCUGCAACUAUUGGAUAUCUUCUUAGUCCAGCAAGAAAGAUUCUAGAGAAAGGUUUGACAGGGCAUGAUCUCCUGGAGCCUCCGAAAGGUUUCCCUUCUUCUAGUAUCAAGCUACGCACCCAUGAAGCUCGAGGGUUAGCUACCGUAACAACAAUGGAUUAUGGAAGUGGAAUCUCAUUUGCGCAGCGCCAGCUAAGGUCUUUAAGUGACUGUGAUGCUAUCAGUUUCAAGACAUGCAGGGAGAUUGAAGGGCCUUUUUGUGAUUAUAUCGGAAACCAGUUUGAAAAACAGUAG